UCACAGCCACGUCCACCACCGAGCGACUGCCUCAGCUGCUCCGUCCUGCCGCAAGAAUCACAGAAUGGAUCAUGUUCCUCUGAAAAUCCCCCCCGCAGUCUCGCUGGAGGUCACACCCGACGUGGACGUUGUUCUCCCAGACUACCUGCUGAUACUUCAGGAGACGCAGUACGACUUUGCUCUGGAGAAGUGGGUGCUGACAGGUUUGCAGAAGGCCUCUUCCCACCCGCCCCAGCCUGUGAGGACCUCUCAGCCAGGCGUGCCGGUGUCAUGCCCUCCGUACUGGAUGAUGCUCAGCAGCCUGCAGCAGAGCCGCCCAAGCUCGGACUCCAGCCCCCAGCAGCGCUCCCGCAGCCUGAGCCCUGAACUUGGACGCAGUGACUCAAAGAAGGAAGUGGAGUCCCGCAAUCAUGCCCGGAGGAAAGCCCAGAAAGCCUUCGUCCCUGACCUGCACAAUCCGCCCAGCUGCCUCAGCAGCCUGCCUCACCAGCGCAGGAAGAACCUGCGCCAGUAUUCCCUGGUUCUGGUCACACCAGGAGGCCUUGACCCGAGCAGCCAGACCUGUCAUCGAGGCCCCAACAUCCGGUCCAAAACAUUCGACAGAACCUCCAGCAUGGAGGAGCAGAAGCUGAACCCCUGGAUACCUGGGGCCUCUGAUUCAACAGUGGACCUCAUCUCAGCUCUUAGUCCGGAAGAGAGGGAUCUGGUGGGGGCCAUCACCAGCAGUGGAUACCCGCUCCACACGGCUAUCGCCGCCCUGCAGAAACCAGGCUGGCAGACUCCAGAGCAGAUCUUGAGUUAUGUCGUGGCUUGUGAGCAUCUGUGUCAGCUGGGCCAUGACAUGGCUCUGGUGGAGGAGGCGCUGGAGAUGUUCCAGAACUGCGAGGCCAAGGCGCGGGAGUUUCUCCAGCUGCUGAGUCAGUUCAAUGAAAUGGGCUUCCACCAGAGCGCCAUUAAGGAGGUUCUGCUGGUGAACGGGAAUCACCGGGAGAGAGCGCUGGAGGAGCUGAUGAUGCGAGUGGCGUGACGUCGCUCUACGGACCUGAGACUUGAGCGCUCAUACUCGUCUGUUUCUAGACCAGAUGCUAUUCAUGCCACUUGCUGGGAGCAGGUCUGCGUCACGGUUGAAACCUGCUUGUACUUUUGAAGAAUUUCUGUUGCUUUGUACUUUUACAAUAUUGGAGCAC